AUAUAAAUGUUUCUCCCCCCUGGUUGUGAUGUUGACAUGUAGUUACUGUCAGACUGUUUUGUGUUCAAGUCCUCUUUUUUCUGUACAGCUCAGUUUUUAAAAGUUAUUAGGGGGUUCAUUUUUUCUAUGAUUGACACCUGAUACAGCCUAUGGGCGUACGAAGAUUGUAUAGCUCACCCAGGGGACGAAUGACGCUAUUUUUUAAUGCUUUGUGUUCGUCUAAAAAAAAGAUAAAUUCAUAAAUAUUCAAAUAUUGCACUUUACUGUCUGUACUUAUAGUUGUGUUUUUCCUCCCUACCGCUAGAGGGCGGCUUCACUGUCUAUUUACUGCCUCUGCUCGGCGCAGGAUAAUCACGUCUUCCUGUCAGCCGAGCCAACAUGGCGAAGAAACAACGUGGGAAAACAGUUUCGUCCUCAAAAACAGCAAAAACCGAAGCACAGACGAAACAUUUUAGUUUGGAGGUUGAAUCCAGCGACGAUGAGGCGCCCGAAGAGGUGACGUUCGAGGACUCGAAGAGUGAAGCUUUACGGAGCAUGAAACAGGCGCUGGACAGAGCCAGGAGGUAGGAGGGAGACCCCGGCCAGCCAAACCCCGUUCAAAAAAUUCUGGAUUUAGUGGUGUUCGCGCUGAUAGGCGUGUUAAAUACACAGCAGCGAUACUUAAAACAUAUAUUAUGAUUCUAUAUGGAGUUGUUUUCUAAUCGGUGAAGCUCUUUAUGAAAUUACAACAGUAGAAAUUUAAUAAAUUAAUCUCUCAGAUCAUCACGAAACACGAGAAGUUGUAUUUAAGGUGUCAAAGAAUGUUUUUUAUCCUAUGUUUUCAAUUGCGUGUUUUUAAUAUGAAUUUUCUUAUUACCAUUAUGGAAUUUUUAAAUACUUGAUUCUGAUUGGUCAGUGUGUCAUAGCAACGGUCUGUUAUUGCUCGAUAGCGCAGUUGUUCUGCAGUAAUGGUAGACUACAGCACAAGAAAUUUAGUAGCUUGUUGUUUACUAUUCCAGUCUGCUUUAAUAACCUGUUCACUAUUCAUGGUCUUGAGUUAAUAUCUGCACCAGCUGUUUAACAUAAAACCAGAACUACAGUGAGCACUUUUGUUGUGUUUCUGUUAAGAUAAAAAAUAGUUGUGUGUUUGCAGAGAAAAGGAAUUACUGAAAGAAAAAAGACGGAAGAGACAGGAGCUGUUCCAGGAGCAGAAGGUGAGAUUUAAGGACUGAAAUUAAUGCUUUAUUACUGCCUAGAAGACGUUCAGUCGGAGGUUAUCUCAUGAGUUAAGAUAAGAAACCAUGUAGACAUAACAGCAGACAAAUGUGUUAAUUUAAUGAUCUUCUCUCGGCUCUUUCUCACAGAAAAGAAAACUUCUACCUGUAGAUGUUUUGGAAGAAAUCGACUCCACUCCCUCAAAGUAAGUUUACAGUUGCGAUCUGCCUUAUUGCUUCUUUCCUGUUCUUCUCCUCGAUGACCCCUGACCUCUGUUUGAUUUUGCAGAAAGCAGAAACAGUCUGAAGAUGAAGGUAAAGAAACUCAUUUUUACACAAAAAUUACACCUAAUAUUCAGCUGUGUAGACUAACCUCAGUUUGUUUCCUCUCUGUGAAGAAGAAGAAGAAGAGCAGCAAAAAGGAGAGGAGAAACCGACGAAGAAGAAGAAAAGCGGGAAAAAGGCACAUAGUCGAAAGUACGUAAAAGUACAUCUUUGGAAGCUCAAGUGUGAAGAGGUUUAACACGAGGAUGAGAACUGUUUGUUUUAGUGUUUCUUAAUUUUCAGCAUUUUUAUAUACAUACUAAAAUAAAGGUAGAAUGAACUGGUUUCUGUUUAUAGUCUGAGUAGAAUAUUGACCAAUCAGGAAUCAGCAGGUGUACAAGGGGGAUGUUCUGUAUGGAGAGCAAAAGCAGGCAGAACGCAGUCCAGCAUGAGUCAGCAUUUAUGGGGGUUUCGGGUCGUAGUUGUCUUUUAGUUGGAGACGUUUCGCACCGUUGAUAUGAAAACCUGAGAUAGUUUUUAUAGUUUGGUGGUGUUAUGAUUAUUUGUAGUAGUUGGUUUUUGUGCUUUAUACAGUCUGGUGUUUUUUUUUUGCUAAUGAUCUGACUCAAACUCUCGGUGAAGAGCUCUUAAUUCUACAUCCUCUGUGUCCGAAUAGAUUUAUAGAUGAACAUUGAUCAACAUGUCACUUCUGUAUCACUUGGACUUUUCUUUCUCUGCUUUCUCACAGGGCAAAAUAAAACCGUGAUGUAGUUUGUUUUGUGUUAAAUUCAUGUUUAGUUGGACUUUGUGUCUGCGGUUGAAUUUUAGAGACCCGGUUUAAGUGACUGAACUGUUUGUCUCUGCGUUCGUCAGUCUGAAGGGAAACUACACAGUGAUGACGGUAAAAGAUCAAACCUUGAAGACCUGCCAGCAGCGGGCAGCUGAAGACUUCAUCCAGUCCAGACUGUACGGGCCGGGAAGCUGCAGGACCACAAGUAAGAGAGCUCGAUCACACUUUGCUCGCACACUGAAGGUGGCGUGAGGCCUUAAAGUGUACGAUCUAAACCCUCAAAGACCUUUUAAAUUCUUUUGUCUUCACACACUCAAACCGAAACUACAAAAUUCACACUGAGAAGCUGCUAGGUAUUUCCUUAAGACUUACUGACCCAUGUUGUUAGAGAGAUCUUGAGCUGAGGAGGUGUGUUGAAUCACCUGGAGAUGUUCCUCUGAUCACUCACAGACGUAUCAAACCCACAGCAGAACAUGGUUUAGGGAUCGUUACAGGACUGUUUGAGGGUCAAUCUGGAGACACUGGGAUACGGUGUGUUUGACUAAAACUUAAAUUUACGCCAGAAUAUUCCUUUUAAAGAUCCAGUUUAGAGUGAAUUCAACCAAUAAGGGAACUGGUUAGGAACCAGGCAUGUGCACCUGAACUGUUCAUAUCUUUACACAGUAGUUCUGUUGUAUCUGGAUUUUGUUUGCAAGCUACACUCUGUGGCAGAAGUCUGCAAAGACCGUGAUCUGUCUCAAUUUGAGCUUUGCUACAGAAACGUCUGUCCGAUCCGCUGAAGUGUCCGCUCCUCUUGGACUCUUUCUGAUGAGAGGACAGCGACAUUUCGGCUCUAAACUCGACUUUCAGCCUUCAUCAUAAAACGUGUUUUAAAGGUUUUGUCUGUUUUCAGAUAAUGAGAUGCUCUCACUCCAGAACAAGAAGGGGGCGAAUAAAAGUGCCGCCGUGCAGUUUGUCAACAAAGACUGGGGUGAGUUCAACGUUUCGAAAGUCUUCAUCUGUAUCUGCUCAGAUGAAACCGUCGCCGUAACGUCACUUUUCUGUUUGAUUUUCCAGCCUGUAAAGAAAAAGCCAAAGCAGAGAAGCAGAAGAAGAGGUGGGUCCACAAGCAGCAGGUUUCCUCCAGCUGAAAAACUUCGUUCUGAUCCAGUCAGGAGACGAUCCGGUCCAGGGACGAAUUUGGACCUUAAGUCAAACUGACUGUGGGACGAUACUUAAGAGAAACUGAGUUCACUUCUGUUUGUUCUAAAGCAGAACGUGACGAUGAAAGAAACAGACUUUUAUAUGUUGACCUUCAAACUGAAACCUUACCUGACCUUUUUUCUUCUUUAUUAAUAAAAUGUUUUGAGUCUUUUGAGUGUAAAAACGUCAGGAGUACAAACUGUACUCAGAGGUUCCCUGAUCCAUACCCGCCACAGUCAAAUAAGAAUGAUGAACAGUUUUAAGUUUUGAGGUUUUCUGUUGACGACUGUGACGAUGGCGGAAAGAAAAAUAAACUUGAGCCUGAAAACUCAUUCUCAGAAGAUUUAAUACUCAGCAGGUCCUGAAGCUGAUGUGAGCAGUGAAACAGACUGUAGUUUGAGGUUUUUAAAAGGGUUAGUCAGUGUUUAAGAAAGGAGAGCGACAGAGUGAGAUGUUUUCAUAAACCAGAGAGCGGUCAUGUCGUUCUCCUCAGAGCCUCCAGACUGCAGGGAUGAAGCAACUAACUGUAGAGCAAAAGUGCUGCUCGUCUACAAAAAGAGGAUCAGAGGCACUAAGGAAAGAUCUCUGGAUCUGAUUAUCCUACAGCUGAAUUCUGGUCUAAGGAAAGUAAAAGUACAGAUGAACAUUUUU